AUGAUUAACAACUCUGCCUGCAACUAUUAUAUUCGUCUUUGGAAGGAUAAACGUACACCAACCCCAUCUUCUUUUCCCAGUCGUGCCAUCCAAUAUGAUUUAAUUGUUUUCCUGACGCAAAUCCGUCGCGGUGGUGUAUCUUUGCAAGGACUAGCCAUUCACCGCACAAACAUAAUCCGUGCUGAUGAGGUUGGAUAUAUGAGAGCAAUUUCGGUUCGUGGAGACCGCGAUCCGCUUGAGUGGUAUCGCGCCUUAGUGAACGUUGCCGAGAUCGGAUGCGAGGCAAAUGCACUGUGUCUCCUCUCGAAGAAAACAAUGGAAGAACAGACCAUGGGCUAG